CCUGAUCAGGUAGAUCCUGCUAAGUUUUUAGCUUCUUUAAUAUUACAAAUUUUUAGAUCGUCUUCAAGCUGAAUAGUCUUGCAUUUGAUAUUUCUUUUGGUUAUAAUUUUGUAUUCUUUCUUUGCAGCAAAUUUUUAUUCGUAGAUCUAUUUUCUGGGGGUCAAAUGGCGAUUCCUUCUGAGCAAUCCACAACAAUCUGCACCAACUGUGAUAAAACAAUCCCAGUCACAAAUAUCAAUUUGCAUGUUGCACAUUGCACCCGAAACUUAGAAAGAUGCAAGUUUUGUGGAGAAAUGAUUCCUAUAAGGCACUCUGAGAGACGCUACUCAAGCAUACAUGUUCCGGUGGCCUGUAAAUUAUGCGGCGAGACAGUAGAGCGGACAAAUUUGGCUCUGCGCAAAUGUGAAAGCUGUCCGCUGAGAAUUGUUAGCUGCGAAUAUUGCAAUUUCCGGUUGCCUGCAGUAGAUCUCUUUGAGCACCAGGCAGGAAUUGUGAACUUCUCUACUGCAUUUGUCAAUUUUCAAUCUGUUUAAUUACCAUCCUGCACUAAUUUUUAAGCACUUCUCUUUCAGGAAAUUUAUCGGAAGCAAAGGCAAAGUUGUCAUCGUUGCCGCUGCGGGAGGUAUGUCAUUGGUCAUGAAAUAGCAAGCAUUAGCACAUUAAAUCCUGCAAGUCAUUUGCAAAAUGAAAUCUUCCAAUUUAAUAACAUAUUAAAGGGUGUUGUAUGUGCAAUGUGAAGGGACAUGCGAGCACAAGGGGCUCAAAGAAGAUGGUCGGCGAGUUCUUGGCCGCCGAGGCAAUUUCUUGUAACAGUUGCUAUAACAGGAGCCGCUAUUUUUCUGAACUCGGUUUUCUUCCAAAGAAAGGAUGAUAAAGGACAAUCGAUACAGUGCAUUUGAGAAGAUUAUCGUCCUUUCUUUACUGUGAAGGAAUUGUAAACAAUUAUCCCUUAUCAUCAACCCUCAUCUCAUCUAUAAAUCUGAAUGUAUCUACCCUCGCAAUUGUAAACGUGGUAUGAUA